AUGUCCAAUAUAAGUUGCGAGAAAGAGACUACCAAUAUUGGUGAUCAAAUAUCUGCGUAUCUUAAAGCUAACACUUCAGCACUUGGGGAGCUUAUAAAACAAAUAAUCUAUGAAAGUAAUGAAACAAGACGACAGUUAACAGAAGUGAAAAAUUCACUUGAGCAAGUUCAUGAAGGAAUGAAAAUUUUGGGUGAACGUGUAGCUGCUUUAUCCUUGUCUGACAACUCUUCAUCAUUGGAGGAAACAAAGCAACAACAUAAUUUGGAAAUGGAUCGUUUAGUUAAAGUUUUUGAAAUCGCAACAUCUAUCAAGAAGGAAGUACCCACUAAUCCACAGGUUUCAGCUUUGACCCCUCAACAACUUUUACAAAUUCAACAACAACAGCAACAAAUGGCUGCCUUUCAACAACAAGUUCUUCAACAACAGAACCUUGCCAGAAUGAUGCAAAUGCAACAAGUUCAACAAUACAAUCCAUUAUCGAUGCUUCAGGGAAUGGUUGAUUCUAAUAACACGAAACCUGUGCAACAACCUCCUGUACACACUGUUUCUCAAAAUCAAGUGACAAAUCAAGGAAAUAGUCUUUUAAAAGCUCAACUUACUCAACCAGCUUCAACUGUUGUUGUAACACCAACAAAAAAAGAGGAAGUAUCUUCAGUUAAUUCAUCACAGGGACAAUUGUCUGGUGGUAAUUCAAAUACCCCAUCAAUUUUUGGAAAGGCUCAAGUGCAAUCAAAGUCAUUUUUUUCAACUAUGCCAGUUGCUCCCAGUAGUACAGUCACAGAAAAUAAUGAAGCUAACAAAUCAGCUGUAGAAAAUGACGACGAAGCUCCAGAGGAUUUCGAACCUGAUGUUCAAUUUAAGCCUGUAGUCCCAUUACCAGAUCUUGUUAAAGUAAAAACUGGUGAAGAGGAUGAAACAGUUCUUUUCCAGGAACAAUGUAAACUUUUUCGUUUUGACGAAGAUCUUAAAGAAUUUAAAGAACGUGGUAUUGGUAAGAUAAAAAUUUUGAGAAACGAAACUACAAAGGUUACUCGUGUUGUUAUGAGAAGAGAACAGGUUCAUAAGGUUUGUGCUAACUUUUUACUUACCAAAGGAAUGACUAUUCGACUCAAGCCUAAUUCCUCAAAAGUUUGUGUAUUCAAAUGUUUUGAUAAUUCAGAUGAUACACCAGCUCAUGUAACUUUGUGCGCCAAAUUUGGUGAAGAAUCAAAUUGUUCUAGAUUUAUAUCUAUCUUCCUUGAAUCUACCAAGAAUGAUGGUGUUCAAGCUUCUUCUGGUGUCAAAGAAUUUGUACCAGGAACACCUAAGACAGAUGAAAUUAAUAAACUUGUACCUAAGAUGAAUUCAGUUAAGGAAGAGGUAACUAAAAAGUAUGAGGAACAAAGUUGUACUAAUGAAGAAGAUGAAGCAUCUGAUGAAGAUACGGCUGAUGAAAGUUAUGAAUCAUCAGAUGUAGAGUACGAAAGUAAUGAACCUAAUCAAUUUAAAAUUCCUGAAAAAGUUGCUGGAUCUUGGGAUUGUAGUAUUUGUUAUGUAAACAACCUACCAACAGCGUCCAAAUGUGUAUGUUGUGAAACUGCUCGUGAUGGUAAAGGUGACGAUGAGAAACCCAAAGCAACAUUGAAAGGAAAUGUUUUUACAAGUCCCGUGUCUAAUCAAUUUUCUUUUGGAUUUGGAGGUUUAAACACUUCGGGUAGUAAUAAUAAGCCACUUUUUGGGGCUAAAGCUACAGAUACUGAAGAAAAGAAAAGUGAUGGGACAAACAUUUUUGGACAAAAUAAAGACUCUUCAAAAACUUUUUCAAUAUUUGGAGGAAAUAAAGAAUCUGCUGUUACUACAACUUCUGAACAAAACAAAGAGCCUGAGAAGAGUAAUGUUUCUUUAUUUGACCAAGCAAAAACUAUUGAAUCACCAAAGCAACCAUUAUUUUCAUUUGCUGGUGCAACUGUAAAAACUUCCAAUGAGCCAUCUCCUUUCCAAUUUACUCCUGGAAAGACAACAAGUAGUAAUGUGUCUUUCUUUGGCGGAGCUAAACCUAGUACACCAUCUACCGAAGGUAAAUCAUUGUUUGGACAAACUUCAUUUGGAGGUUCUUUGAAAGAUGGUUCUAAAGUUACUGAAGAAAAAGGAGCAUCUACUGAAUCAAAACCAAUUAUUGGGCAAACUAGUUUUGGCGGUUCUCUUAAAAGUACUCCUGUAACUUCGGAAGAAAAAGGAUCAUCAACUGAAGUUAAAUCUGUGUUUGGUAAAAGUGCUUUCGGAGGUUCUCUUAAAGAUACUCCAAAAAAAGAUGAGCGUGAAACUAAAGUCAAUGAAAGUAAACCUCUUUUUGGACAACAAUUUUCAUUUGGAAAAAAAAGUGAUUCUAAUGAUGAUAACAAAACUAAAGCUAAUACUUCUGAACCAUUAUCAUUUGGAAAAACUACUAUGAAACCAAUUUUUGGCUCAAGUUCUUUUAGUUCAAAUACUAAUACCAAUAUAUCUAACAAACCAGAAGGCGCAAGUCUAGAAGCAACAACUAACAAAUCUGGUGGUGUUUUUGGUGGAGGUUCUCAGUCUGUAUCUUUUAGCACAAUUGCUAAAUCUGGCACUAAUUUCUUGAGUGAUAACACUAAGAAUGAAGUAGAUCCUUUUAAAGUCGAUCCUUCUAAACACAAAGUAUUUUCAUCAGCUCAAGAAAAAACGGUAAAAUCAAAUGACGACGAUGAAGAAGGUGCUGAGGAUGAUUAUCAACCGGAUAUUCAUUUUGAGCCAGUUGUUCCUUUACCAGAUCUUGUUGAUGUAAAAACAGGAGAAGAAGAUGAAGAAAUGUUAUUAUCGUAUAAAGUUCGCCUUUAUAUAAUGAAAAGUUCUGAUGGUAGUAGUGAAUGGAAAGAACGUGGAACCGGUGAAUUAAGAUUAUUGAAGUCUUCUGACACAAAUUCUUAUCGUAUUGUAAUGAGACGCGAUCAAACUCAAAAGUUAUGUGCUAAUAUGCGUUUAUAUAAGCAUAUGAAAUUCACUUAUAACAAAAUGAAGGAAAGAGUUCUUCUUUUCAAGGCAACUGAUUGUUCAGAUGAUCUUUCUAAUACAAUCCCUGAAACAUAUUGUAUAAGAUUUUCUUCAAGUGAUGAUGCAUUAAAGUUUAGUGAAGUUGCCAAUAAUAUAACUGAGAAUUUAUUGUAA